UGUCCAGAUUCGCGCACAUUGUUUUUAACGUUUUUAACGCGACGAGAUGGAGGAAAAGGUCCAGCCGAAAUUUGUAUUACCGUCCCCUAAAUUCGACAAGCCCAAUGGAGCUGCCAAGGCCAACCACCUGUACCUGACCCCCAGCGGGAUGACCCUGCUGCCGAGGGCCAAGCAACCGCCGCCCAUGUACGGCGCACGAGGAUCAACAGUGCCUGCUAAGUAUCUCGCCCAAGAAAACUUUACAGCGCAGAGCAGUGCAGUCAGCGUGCCAGAGACCCCACCGAUUCACCACUCGCCUCCGCGACCGGAGUUCUGCCACUCGUGUGGCAUGGAGUUGGCCAAUGUUCAGGACAUGAAACGCCACCUGGAGCAGCACGAGUCCUGCCCCGCCGAUGACUGCGACUUUUCUGCCCUUCACAAUGUCCUCGAGCGUCACAUUGAAGCCAAUCACAUCACGGGGGCUUACAAAAAGGUGAAGAAGGUGUGGACAGACGAGGAAUUGGCUGCUUGGAGGACAGAAAGGAGAAAAAGAUUUCCCACUGCGACGAACGUUGAGUUGGCCAGGUUGGCAAAGGAGCAGAGAAUAAAGCGCGGAGAGCGUCUAGAAGCCUCCAAGUCCCGCUUUGGAAAUCGGGAAGAUCGCCAGAGGACGCGACCCAAGGGAGAUCACAAGGAGCGCUUCGAUCCCAAAAACAGGAGGAAAAGAGGAAUCAAAGGCAAAUCCUUUGAAAAGAAAAAACCCGCAGGAAGUACAAACCAAGUUACUGAUAAAUCAAAGGAAACUAAAAAAGUAAUUAAAGCAACCGAAGAAAUCCAAUCUGACCAAAAAGAGGAGCGGCCCAACUUCACAGAAAAUGGCAAAUUCCGUGGAACAGGAUCAAUGGAGGAUUACCAGCACGUGAAGCCAAAAGUUCAUAAGAAGGAUAACGCUUUGUUUGGCCUGCUUGGAAUGUAUGGGUCAGAUAGUGAAGAGGAAAGUGAAUCGGAGUGCGAGGAUCAGGGUCAGCAAGUGGGGGCCAUACAGGAUAAGGAUAUACAAUUAGGUGUCGUCAAGGUAGAACCUCAUGAGCAUACAGCAAGCAGUCCAAGCCAUGACGAUUCGCCACAAAAGUUAGAAAUAAAAAUUGCCAAAGAAGGCUUGCACACUGAGACUUCUCAAGACGAUGCAAAUAGGGAUGAGCAAACCCGUGACGAACCUACACCAACUUUGGAAAGCUCAGCUCAAAAGCAUAUUGAUAGAAUAUCUGCUUCCAUUUUAGAAUCAGAAUCUCCUACCAGGGAAGAAGCUGCCUCCUCCGACGAAGCACCAGAUGAAGAGCCUUUCCAGCGAACAACGGAAACCAUAAGUGAACCAACUCCUCCCAAAGCUGAACCUAAGGAAUGUAAGCUCACGACGGCACCCAAGCGAGCUGCUCCAAAGCGAGUUUAUGGCCUAAACUACAAGAGGGCUCGCAAGCAAACCCAACAGAACACCAUGUUAUCCAAGCUUCUGGAAUCGGAAAUUAGACAUGAACGGAAUGUCCUGCUGCAGUGCGUCAGACACGUGUGUGAAAUGAAUUUCUUUGGCAUUGGACAAACUAAAGAGAAAAAGAGCGUAGCUUCAGAUAGAGAUCAAGAUGAAGAGAAGCUGGAGCCCAUUUGUGAUAAAUCCGUAUGCAUAUCACCGGAUGCAUUAUAACUAUAAGCUAAUAAAAUAAGUGAAUAAAGCUUAGAGAUUUGGACUAAACUA